CACGAAAGAACAGUGCAUCCAAGUGGCAUGUAUAUUCUACAUUGGUGUUGGGUGAGGGGCUGUAAGAGUGCACCUUUCACGCGCGCGGACAAUCUCAGGCAUCACCUGAAGAAAACUCACGGCAAGAAGUCCUGGAGCGGCAAGUAUCAGUAUGUGGCAAUGCAGGACUUAUUGAGCAUUCACUACGACCCCGAAUGGAUAGGUGAGAUUGGUGAAGAUGGCUCACCUAGAGGC